AUGAGCGACGCCAAUCGCCCGCAGGAGUCAUUGGACCGGCCAUAUAUGCGGGAUAUAUUCGGGCUCUACCCGGGGACCAUCACCCUUGCGGGAUACGCCGCAACCUAUGGAUGCCCGCUCGACGGUGGGCCACCAUUGGAGGGUGGCCAAGUCAAGGUCCGCAAACUCAACAUGAACUAUGUCGUGUCGAGGCUCCGUAAGCUGAAACAUGAAGGUAUUGAGGACCGUGACCCAACCCUUCUAUACCACGAAUUAUAUGCAAACCUCUUGUAUGACGGGAUCACACAUGCAGACGACCCUCAUAGGUUCGAAAUGGGUAGACAAGUCUUUGACCUUGUCGAUGUACUCGCUCGUCCAGAAUGGGUAGAUUUCAGCAAGCUCGAAAACCAGAUUGUUCCAGAAUUCUUUUACCGGGAUGACAGUGCUGGAAAUAACAAAUUUUUCCACCAACUUCUGUUGUCUCUUGAGCUUUUCUUGCGGAUAACAUCACGCAGCCCCUUAAACAAUUCACUCGGAAAACACCACAGCUGGCCUGUCAAAGUACGCUACGAUCUAGUGUUAGCCCAGCGUUGGCUUGAAAAUGUCGAAAUUGAGAGUCCGGCUUCAUCCCAUCCAGCGGCACAGUCGACUGUGACAUUCCACUUUCAGAACAAGAAUAGCCAAGUUGAUAUACUCAGAAAUUUUGGGUGGACUCUAAAAUGGCCGAACAUGCCUGAAGUAGAAUUCAUUCUGUCGGAAGUGGAUACAAAAGAAAAGGCGGUUGAAGAUCGUAGUGUAAGUUGCAUGUCGUGGUUUACUGGAUUAAUGCUGCCCGGAAGAACUAUGCCUUGGGUUAUGAUGAAAACUUUAAUUGAUUGCGACCCUGACGCCCCUCCGUCGAUAAAAACGCUCUCGCACCUGGCACCUAAUGCAGGAUUGCAAUGGAGAGGCUCUACGUAUUGGUCUUGGGAAUGUAUUGUUGGGAAAGUUUUAGGCGCGGCAAAAGGAGUUAGACAGAUAUGUGGAUGGCUCGGUCCUCUUCCAACAAGUCCAGAACUUCACCGCUCUGAAGUUGUCUUGAUCAAACAAGCACCACCGCUUGGCCAUUUAACACCGAGCGACAUUCACAACAUGACAGCCAAUAGUGAGGCAUUCCCGGAACAUGAAUCGAGUAUCCAUGUCGAUGAUUUCGACAUGCUGGAGCCUGACCUUGAGGAUCCUACGGAUAAUAUUCGAAUUGAAAGACUAAACUUUCAACCCGUUACAUCCGAUUCCCAAACAGUUAUGAGGAUACUCCCUCCUGGUUCUCAAGGAAACCAUCGCCCACCAUCUAGUAUCAGCGGUAGGAGCACAAGCGGACGCAGUGCUAGCAGUCGGAGUAUCAGCGGCCGUUCGAAUUUCAGCAUGUACCCCGGUGAUCCGACUCUUUAUGACGCCUCAAUAACGUUCGCAAUCGCUUCCAAAUCCUGGCGAGUGUAUCUCCGCCAUGACACCCCGUUUAUUGCUGCGUAUCCCUGCAAAAAUGGGCCUCAUGUCUUAUACAAUGCGUAUGACUUUCGAGUAGUACGCCCGGACAAACUCACGGAGAUUAAAAAUUGGGGAAGCAACAUUACCGAUGAUGCGGCAUCUGAAACAGGUAGCGAGAUGUACUACAACAACGAAGUCGAAGAGGUGUUAAUAAUCGAGGCAUUCGGUGUGUGUGACAAUGAGGUCUUCGCCCGUGCGUGGUGCUCUUACUGGGGCCUAGCUGCUAUAAUAGCAGAUGUGGAUAAAACAUGUGUCGCGUGUACGGUUCGGGAGGCGUACGCUGCUUCUAUUAAGGUGGUUAUUCUUAACUGCGCACGAUCAAAUGUCCAUAAUGAAGUUGAGGAUGUGGAUAGAACGAUCCUGGAGGUAUAG